AUGGUGGAUGGAAGCCGAUUCGAGCCCACAGGAACACUUCAAAAUUCCCUGCAAAUUACAGGAGAAACCUGUUUAGCACCUUCAGCUUCGUGCUUAUUCUUGUUGAAAUUGUUUGCUUGGGAAUCUAACACUCCCUCCUUUUUACCAUUUCUUUUCAGAGUCGUUCGCAACACCCGCAAUCCGGUCUACGACGAGGAUUUCACCUUCUACGGUCUGACCCUGAGCGAGCUGGCCGGCAUGUCCCUGCACUUCGUAGUGCUAAGCUUCGACCGUUACAGCCGGGAUGACGUGAUUGGUGAAGUGGUUUGCCCCUUGAGUGGAAUCGACUUGCAGCAGAUCGAAAUUCAACAGGUUGCCCUGAGCCGAGAAAUUCAACCGCGUAGCUUAAAGAUUCGGGCCCAGGGACGUGGAGAGCUGUUGAUCUCACUUUGCUGGCAGCCGGCCGCAGCUCGGCUCACGGUGGUUCUACUGAAGGCUCGGAACCUUCCACGAAUGGACGUCACUGGGUUGGCUGAUCCUUAUGUCAAGAUCUAUCUGCUGUACAAUGGGCAGCGUAUUGCCAAGAAGAAGACUCACGUUAAGAAGCGUACCCUGAGUCCGGUGUUUAAUGAAAGCUUCGCUUUCGACAUUCCAUCUACGGAAGGAGCUGGAGCCACGUUGGAGGGCGUUUCGCUGGAGCUGAUGCUACUGGACUGGGAUAGGGUUACCAAGAACGAAGUAAUUGGGCGGCUGGAGCUGGGAGGACCUCGGAGUACUGGAUCGGCACUGAACCACUGGAAGGAGGUUUGCAAUUCGCCCCGGCGACAGAUCGCCGACUGGCACAAGCUAAGGGAGUAAGGUGACGGCCUUAGGGAACGCCACCUUGAAGGCUUGAAGUUUAAGGUUAUGGUUUGAUUCCGGAUCUAUGCAGCGGCCUUUGAAAGCCACGCGUCAAUCCGUUUUGAUCUCGAAUGUUUUAAAGGUUUAUUUUUUACAAUAAACAAUCAGAUUUCGUUUUGUUUUUGGUUAUAUUUUGAAAUCAUUUUGUUGAAAAGUUAAAUCUACAUAUUAAAAUGUGCUACAAAUAAGUUGUUAAGACAUUUACAAGAUCUACGUAUAAACCCUACAAAUAAUUUUAAAAUCAAUGAUAAUUGUAGUUAAGUUGAGGCAAACUAAUCGCUUCGAUUGACAGCUAAUCUAUUGGGAUAAAAGUAAGCAAAAAUGUGCAUAUGAAUAUAUAAUGAUACGGCUGAAAUUAUUAUAAUACAACAUAAACAUGAACAUAAUUCAAAAAGCAUCCCGAGAAAAAAAACAAGAUAGAACAACUUCAUUCAUAAGUUUUAUAUACUGACCAUCAAAAUCGGUUUUAGAACUGAUGCUGAACUAGGCAAAUCACAUCAAAACCAAACAGAGCGCAAGCCCAUAGAAUGCAAUUUUAGAUGCAUAUACCUAUUGAAGAAAAAAAAAUUACUUACAAUAAAACAAAUUCCUAAAAAUCUAAGGAACCUUAUGAAAAGCAAAAAUUUAAAAUGCUUCAACGAAAGAUCCAAGCAAUCGUAGCAAACAUUGAUAAACAUAAAAUGUGAAACAAACGCCAUCUCUAGCUAGUUGCUAUUAGCAACAACAACAGCAGCAUCAUCUAGUAGUUGAAGCGGCUACUAAUACUCUCUUAUACAAAACACAAUUCGCCGAUGCACUUUCCAGUAGAACUCACACACACAGAGAAAAAAAUAUAUAUAUAUAUAUAUAAAAAACAACACUAACAUGACUUCUGUAUACUCUUUUAUGCACAUGUCGUUUCAUUAUUGCUAAGAUAAUGAGUAAAAAAAAUGAAUGAAUUCAUGAAGUUUCACUCAACUGAAAAAAGCAAGCCUAAAUUUCCUUUUGAUUCUAAGAAACAUUGAAAGGUGCGAAACAAACAACCAAACAAAAUAUAAAAAAUAUAUUUAAAAAAAUUGCUUGAAAAUGAACAUUGAAAAACGAACCACCAAAGGUGAUGAUUUUCUCACAGAACUUGAAUGUAUAUUAACACACUGAGAAAAAAACUUAUAGAACAAUUGGAAAACUUCUUACCAGCAUCUUAAAGCAAACUUAUAUUUCGAAGACAAACAAAUGCUUACACAAAUACCAUCAAGAAUUGCUUAUGAUUUUGGGCUGAAAUUGAGCAAAAAAUGAGUGUAAAUUGAUGCUAAUGUUACUGAAAAAGAUAAUCAACUAUCAAAGAAGUCAAGUUAAAAAGAACAGAUAAAAAGGAAUACUCUCGAGAUUAUGUUAAUCUGAAAAAUUUACAAAGAGAGAAAAAUGAAAAUCAUAGAAGGAAUAUCGUAAUUUUUACUAGUGGAUUUGUUUCGGUGCAGUUAUAAGAAAACCCACUGACACUGCAUUUUUACUUUUCAACAUAAAAGUUUUUCACUUAUAUCAGAUUUUGUUUUGAUUUUUAGUAUUUGCAUUUUAAAUCUGAAUUCAGAAUAGAGCUCUAGAUUUUAGUUUAGACUUAGUUUAGAGUUUUAUCUUAUUGAUUUGAUCCCAAAGUUAGGUUGUGGCCCAUCGAAUUUUAUCUGAAAUUAUUAGUCAUUUUCAUAAUUCUUUCUUUGCAACUUUCCAAGCGAAAGUAUCAAAAAGUUGAAACGAAAAUACCAAUCCCAAUGAGAAGAUAAAAAUGAAAACCGAAGAUAGGGGAAACAGAAACAAUAGUAAACGUCCAUUGAAAAUGGAAAAGAAAACCCAUAAGUGUCGAUGACAUCAAUUUGAAAAGACGUAACUGUAGUUAAAACUUUUUUUUUGGAAACGCUUUUUAUGUAAGGGAUAAGCAUUGGCAAGGAAGAAAUAUUAUUGGAUCGAAUAAAUAUUGCAUAAAAGUUGAAAUUUUGAUUUAUAUAUUCAGUCCAUAUGAUGGAUUUUGACAUGAAAAAAGAUACAAAAAUUAAUAAAAAAAAUUGCUUACAAUUAGAACGACGAGUGACAAACUGAUGUAAAUUGAUAGAAAGUAAACGUAGAAAAGCAACUGCUUAAAAAAUGAAAUGUAACCAGUAUCCUAGAAACUCGUAAAGGAAAAAAACGAACACCUCUGAAUGUAUUUUCCCUAAAAAGAGAAAGAUUAACACAGUAGAAAAAAAAGAGAAAAACUUUUUAAGCACCCAAAAAUCCCAUUCUUCAAAAUCAAUAGACAGUCACGCAUUCAUUUAACCAUAGCCAAAUGCUGGAUUUAAAAAAAAACUAGAGAAAACAUUCAUCAUGUAGUGAGUAACCAUCAGCCCCAUAUAAACAAAAGCGUUAAAGUGUAAGAAAGCAUAAACAAAACCAAAUAUGUACUUAAGAACAGAGUUUGUUAGCGCUCACGCAGUGAAAAUCUAACACAGUAAAAACAACCAAAACAAACACGCAUACACUCACACACAUUCUGGCAACUUAAAAGUCACCCUUAUAACCUGAGCUGAGCUAAACCAAGAGAAAAAGUAAUCCUGUUGCACUUGUUAACUGAUAUUGUUCUUUUUGUGCCGUUCUGAAAAAAAAAAUCAAAUAUUGAUGGUCUGCGAAAAUAUGAAAACCAAAACAAAAAAGUAUAAAACUCGCACUGUUAUUUGCUAAUUGGAGAUGUAGAACAAAAUUUGCUAUCGGAAAAGUUUCAAUGCCCAGAGAGAAAAAAAAACUACCCAAAAUGCACCAGCCUCGUUAUGUUGCGAAUUUUGUUCUCUAUACUUUAAUUCUCGCAAAAAGAAAUGAAAAAUCAAGAAAAAAAAAUCACGUAUUCUGAGAGCCUUCAAGGGUUUUAUUUACAGCAGUUUCUCAUACACAAAUAGUAAGAUCAACAAGAAAAAAAUGCGCGUAGUGUAAAUGUAUAUAUCAUAUUAUGGAAGAAAACAACAAAAAAAAGGACACUAUUCUCUCUAUAUUUUAUGUUAUA